UAACAAACAAUGACAAAUUUGAAGCCUCUAACUCUUUUCUUUUUCCUCCAAGCUAUUAUUCUCAUAACUUCAAUACCAACAACUUACUCUAGAAACACUUUCCCAUUAAAUGAUGAAAAACUAUCAUCACUUAUAGAAAACACUUGCAAAAAAACACCAAACUACAAUAUUUGCAUUCAAUCUCUCAAACAAAAUUCUGGUAGUUCUGUAGCUGAUGUAACAGGACUAGCUCAAAUAAUGGUGAAAGUGAUGAAAGCAAAAGCGAAUGAUGGAUUAAAUAAGAUUCAUCAGUUACAAAGGGUGAGAAAUGGUGGAGCUAGAAAAGUUUUGAGUUCUUGUGGUGACAAAUACAGAGCAAUUUUGGUAGCUGAUAUACCUCAAGCUAUUGAAGCAUUGGAGAAAGGGGAUCCAAAAUUUGCAGAAGAUGGUGCAAAUGAUGCUGCAAAUGAAGCAAGUUAUUGUGAGAGUGAGUUUAAUGGAAAAUCACCACUUACUAUACAGAACAAUGCUAUGCAUGAUGUUUCGGUUGUUACAGCAGCUAUGGUUAGACAAUUACUUUAAGCUACUGGUUUGCUUAAGUCAUAUAUAUGAUUCUCAAUAAGUUAAUUAUUAUAUGUUGUAUUGUAUCUAGGGAACUUAAUAGUGUUAAUCAUGUCAAUGUCUUUUAAUCUAAUGUGGUCAUUGCAUCUGCAAUAGAGAAAUUAUCCUAUAACCUUUGCUAUCAAAUAUGUCUCUAUAGUGGGAGCUUAUCUAAAGGAGUUUCUAUUUGAUAGAGUAUCUUAUGUAAAAUAGUUUCUCUCUUCAAUAAUUCAAUAAAUAAAUUACUCUUUAUAGAUUA